CGCCAUAACACAAAAUCUCUUAAACCUCUCUCUCUCUCUCUCUCUCUCUCUCUCUUCAUUACACCCAGUCCCCAUGACCGACAGAGUCCACCCCUCCGCCAAGCCCACCGCCAACGGCGGCGGAGCCACCACCAACCCACCCACAAAAUCCCAACUUUACGGCGCCACCCGCCCCACCUACCGCCCCCCACCGCACCACCGCCGCAGUAGCCGCGGAUUCUGCUGCAGCCUCUGCUUAUGCCUCUUCCUCACCCUCCUCUCCCUCCUCCUGCUCCUCGGCGGCGCCGCCACUCUCCUCUACUUCCUCUACCGCCCCCACCCACCUUCCUUCUCCCUCACCUCCCUCAACCUCUCCUCUCUCAACCUCACCUCUUCCUCCACCCUCACCUCCAACUUCAACCUCACUCUCUCCACCACCAACCCCAACAACAAAAUCAUCUUUUUCUACCACCCCACCACCGUUUCCAUCCUCUCCGGCGACCUCGCCGUUGCCCAAGGCACCAUCCCCUCCUUUCAGCACCGCGAGAAGAACACCACGCUGCUUCAAGCUUCUGUUGCGAGCAUCGAUGAAGCGGUUGAGAGUGACGUGGCGAUGGAGCUGAAACAGAGCCUGAAGAGCAAGAAUGGGUUGGCGCUGAAGGUGGAGUUGGAGACAAAGGUUGAGGCCAAGAUGGGUGUCCUCAAGACGCCACGUGUCGGACUCAGAGUUUUGUGUGAUGGCAUCGACGUCACGCUUCCCGCCGGCGAGAAGCCGGCGAUGGCGUCCACCGCGAACACGCAGUGCAAAGUUGAUGUUAGGUUCAAGCUCUGGAAAUGGACUCUUGGAUGAUCAUAAAAUAGAGAUAAAAGGUGUGCAUGUCACGUUAUGUACGUUGUUGUUCUUCUUAAUUGUGUUUCCAUUUUUCACUUUAUUCUUGUAAUUCUGAUUUUCAUUGGCUAUAAUUUUCGGAAA